UUUCCUACCACUCUGCUCCUGCACGUCGCGCGUAAGGCCCGUCGACAUGGACGCACCAUGGACGAAGACCGGAGAGGAAGUGCUGCAGUACUACGCCGUGGACCAGGCCAGGGGUCUUACGUCGGAGGCUGCUGCUAAGCACGCAGAACUUUACGGGAAGAACGAGCUACCCGAAGACCCGCCAACACCACUAUGGGAGCUCAUCCUCGAACAGUUCAAGGACCAACUCGUCCUCAUCCUCCUGGCAUCCGCUGUCGUCUCCUUCGUCCUCGCACUCUUUGAGGACUCGGAGGGCUCGAGCUGGUGGAGCGCGUUCGUAGAGCCCCUUGUCAUUCUGCUCAUCCUGAUCGCGAACGCGACAGUCGGUGUCAUCCAGGAGACCAACGCGGAGAGGGCAAUUGAUGCUCUCAAGGAGUACUCCCCCGACGAGGCGAAGGUCCUCCGCGACGGACAGUGGACUCGUAUUCAUGCGACGGAGCUCGUUCCUGGUGAUGUUAUUUCCAUCGCUGUCGGCGACAAGAUCCCCGCCGACUGCAGGUUACUCUCCAUCGCGUCGUCCAACCUCCGCGUCGACCAGGCCAUUCUCACGGGUGAGAGUACCAGUGUCAGCAAGGUCCUUGACAUCGUCGCGGACACUCGCGCUGUGAAGCAAGACAUGAUCAACCUGCUCUUCUCCGGCACUACCGUUGUGAACGGAAAAGGAACCGCUGUCGUUGUCUACACUGGACAGAAGACUGCUAUUGGCGACAUUCACAAGUCAAUAACGUCCCAGAUUAGCGAGAAGACUCCGCUGAAGCGCAAACUCGACGACUUCGGCGACAUGCUCGCAAAGGUCAUCACUGUCAUUUGCAUACUCGUCUGGCUCGUCAACGUCCGGCACUUCUGGGACCCUGCCCACCACGGCGCGCUCAAGGGUGCUGUGUACUAUUUCAAGAUUGCCGUCGCUCUCGCUGUCGCUGCUAUUCCCGAAGGUCUCGCUGCUGUCAUCACUGCUUGCCUUGCUCUGGGAACGAAGAAGAUGGCUCAGAAGAACGCGAUCGUCCGUAACCUGCCCAGCGUAGAGACUCUUGGCUGCACGAACGUCAUCUGCUCCGACAAGACUGGAACUCUGACCACCAACCAGAUGAGCGUCUCGAAGUUCACUGUUGUCGACAUCUCCGGCAUUCCUCGGGAAUUCCUCGUCGAGGGCACGACCUUCGCGCCUGCAGGGUCGGUUCGCCCCGCUGAUGGUAAAACCAUUGCUGAAGUCCGCUCAGAGCCGCUGCAGCGCCUGGCUGAGAUCAGCGCCAUCUGCAACGACUCCAAGAUCGUGUACCACGCCGACAAGAAGACGUACGCCAACCUUGGUGAACCUACGGAGGCUGCGCUCAAGGUCCUUGCUGAGAAGCUUCCAUGCCCGGACGCCGAGCUUGCGAAGAACUUGCAAUACCUCGAACCUGCUUUCCGCGCCAACGCUGUCAACGACUUCUACGAGAGCUCGAUCCCCCGCCUCCUUACCUUCGAGUUCUCCCGCGACCGCAAGAUGAUGUCCGUCCUCGCUCGCAAGAACGGCACUGGUAUCUUGUACGCCAAGGGCGCCCCGGAGUCUAUCCUCGAACGCUGCUCCUCCGUCCUCGUCAACGGGCGCACCAUCCCCAUGAUCCCCCAGCUUCGCGACGCCCUCCUCCAGAGCACGAUCGCGUAUGGCUCCCAGGGUCUGCGCACGCUUGCCCUCGCCUAUGCGGAGAACCAGUCGCUCGACUUAGACUACUACAAGUCGGAGACCACUGCCGGGUACGCGCGCUUUGAAAAGGACCUGACCUUCGUGUCUCUUGUCGGCAUGCUGGACCCGCCGCGCCCCGAGGUGCGCAACGCGGUCGCACAAUGCCAGGCUGCGGGCAUCCGUGUCAUUUGCAUCACUGGCGACAACAAGGGUACCGCGGAGACGAUUUGCAGGCAGAUUGGCAUCUUCGGCGAGCACGAGGACCUCGCCGGGAAGAGCUACACCGGGCGCGAGCUCGACGAUCUCAGCCCCGAGGAGAAGCUGAAGGCGGUUAUGCGCGCUAGUCUGUUCAGCCGCACGGAACCGAGCCACAAGAGCCAGCUGGUUGACCUCCUGCAGAGCCAGGGCCUCGUCGUCGCUAUGACUGGUGACGGUGUCAACGAUGCACCUGCACUGAAGAAGGCGGACAUCGGUGUGGCUAUGGGCAGCGGCACUGACGUCGCCAAGUUGGCCGCCGACAUGGUACUCACCGACUCGAACUUCGCGACCAUCGAACAAGCCGUCGAGGAGGGCAGGUUGAUCUACAACAACACGAAGCAGUUCAUCCGCUACCUCAUCUCGUCCAACAUCGGCGAGGUCGUCAGCAUCUUCCUCACGGUCCUUCUUGGCAUGCCCGAGGCACUCAUCCCCGUCCAACUCCUCUGGGUCAACCUCGUCACCGACAGUCUGCCCGCGACCGCGCUCGGCUUCAACCCGCCCGACCACAGCAUCAUGCGCGUUCCACCGCGUGAUAGCCGCGAGCCCAUCGUCGGCAAGUGGCUGUUCUUCCGCUACAUGGUCAUCGGAACCUACGUCGGUGUCGCGACUGUCGCCGGAUACGCUUGGUGGUUCAUAUUCUACACCGAGGGACCCCAGAUUACCUUCCACCAGCUGACGAACUUCCACCAAUGCUCGACGCUGUUCCCCGAAAUCGGCUGCGAGAUGUUCACGAACGUGAUGGCGCAAAAGGCGACGACGAUGUCCCUGUCCAUCCUCGUCACCGUCGAGAUGUUCAACGCGAUGAACUCGCUGUCCGAGAACGAGAGUCUGUUCCGCCUGCCGCUCUGGCGGAAUCCGUUCCUCGUCGCCGCGAUCGCGCUCAGCAUGGCGCUCCACGUCGCGAUCCUCUAUAUCCCCGUCUUCACCACGCUCUUCCAGAUCGCGCCGCUGAACUGGACCGAGUGGAAGGCUGUAUUGUAUCUGAGCGCACCCGUGCUGCUCAUCGACGAAGUUCUCAAGUUUAUCUCCGCAACAUUCGUCUCGCCGCCGACAAAGCUGAAGGCGGAAUAGACGUCCCGGGAUAGAGAUUACACAUACGUGCACGUUAGGACUUUGUAAUGACUUGUAAUGGCUGGAAUAGUAGAGCUACUUGAGCUCGAGCUGCACCAUCUCCCCCUCACGCAACUUGUUU